CUGCACGGAGUGAAUAUUCUGUGUGAGCUUGGGUCUGCAUCCCAUCCAUUUCCUCUCUUCAGCAGGACUUGAAUACCCCCAAGGGUUCAUGACUCUGCCAGAAACACAUUGCUAAAGACAAAAGUCCAUGCUCAAAAAGCUUACAGCUCUGGGCUCACAAUUUAAUUCCAACAUUGGGUCUGCAGAGAAAAGAGAAACAUCAAAUGCUCAAGGCAAUUAGAUGUGAUAGCAAGCUUUUUUAUUCCUGGCUGGAAGCGGUAUGUUUCAGUUCUUGAAGAACCGAUCUUCAGCUAGGCUGUGGUCGCAAAUGCCUUUAAGCCCUGCACUCUGGAGGCAGAGGCAGUAGCUUCUCUGAGUUUGAGGCCAGCUUCUGGCCUAAAAAUCCAGUUUAAGAACACCCAGGACUACACAAAAAAAGGAUGUCUCAAAAACAAAACACAAAAACAAGUCUUAUAGUGGUAUAUACCUUUAAUCCCAGCACCAAGGAAGCAACAGAAAGGCAGGUACUGUGAGUUCCAGGACAACCAAAGCUAUAUAGUACAACCCUGUUUCAGAAAGCCAAAACCCAACCAACAACAACAAAAAAAGAAUCUUCAGAUUAAUGUCACCAUAAAUCCUGUUACUACAUGUAUAGCUUUUGUUUAUAAUUUAAAUGAUGUUUUCACUUGUUUUUAAUUUUUGAGGCAGCAACUCCAACUUAGAUAUUUAUUUUCCUAUGAAGUGAAGACAGGACUAAAAUUAGUGACCUUCGAAGUAAGUCUUCUGUCCCUAAAAGAGUUUACAUCUAGAAACUUGAUUGGAGUAGAAAGAAGAGAGUGUUUGUGGUCUUGGUUGUCCUUUUAGUUGCAUUAGGGAUCAACAAAAACAAAUUCCUGAUCAAGUCCAUGCACAAAGCUGUCCCUACGACGCCCUCCUUUACCUCUACCUCUUCUCCCCACCCCAUACCCAUACUCCUUCUGAGAUAGCAUCUUUCUAACUAGCUCUGGCUGGCCUGGAACUUUCUAUAUACACUAUACUGGUCCCCAUGGAAUUCAAAGAGAUCCCCUCCCCCUACCUCUAGAAUGCGCGGAUUAAAGGUGUGUGCUACCAGGGAUUUUCCUGUACCGACGACCAUUUGACAGGAGACCCUCCCUAAAUGUGGGUGGCGCCUUUAGGCCGCAACUCAGAUAAAAGGACGCGGUAGAGGGAAAUUUCGCUUUUCGGCCACUUGCCCUCUAUCUCGCUGGCAAGUUACCUGGUCCUGCUGGUCCGUGCUCCUUGACUAAAAGUAGGAUCAAGUUCCUUGCGAUUUCGACGACGGAGGACUGCACAACACAGCCCAACGAGAUUCCUUUCAGCCUUCUGCGCCAGAUUGUGACUGCGGAGAAGUCCGGCUUCGUGUACUGAGCAGCUCUGGGAUUGUCCUCCUCUUCAGAGUAAGACAGACACUGACUGUUGGAUUACGCUGACCACAUCCUUAUUUGUGAAGGCAAGUAACUUCUACAGAGUUUAAGACAUGGGACUCACGUGCCUUAACUAUAAGCCCAGUUCCUACAACAUGGAGGAGCCUGAGAUUGAGGUGGAAAUUGAGAUUGAGCAAGAGGUACGAGCUGCAGAAGAGAACGGCGUUUUCCGUGAAUGUGCUCCAGGCUUCUUGGACAACCUCGAGUACCAGGGCAUCCUGAACCAACAGGGUGAUAUGAACCCCGUGGUCAACUUAAACUACCCUGGUGGUGACGUCGCCUUCUCGAGCCAAGGGAGCGGUCCAAGUCCGAGACCGCUACAGUUGGAGGGAUGGGGGACCUCAGCGGCCAGAGUUCCACAGCCACAGCCCCGGCGCACUCGACCACGGAUCCGCAGAGGUCUCACAGCCUGGCAGCUGAGCGAUCUGGAGAGCGUUUUUCAAGAAGUUCAGUAUCCUGAUGUGAUCAUGAAGAAGAAACUUGCAAGGCGCCUGUACAUGUUAGAAUCUGAAGUGCAUCGUUGGUUUAAGAUUAGAAGAGCCAAGUACAGGAAAAACCAGAGCCUGCAAAUGCCCAAAUGUACCCCUGAGGGUACCCAAAAUAUCUUUGACUAACGUUUUUGGAGAAGCCCUGGAGUGCCAUCCUAGUCCAGGAGCAACCUAACCCCUUUCAGCAGUGAAGAUCUGAGUAUUAAGAAAAACAAGUUUGUUAGUUCAAGGUCAGCCAUAGCUACGGAGGAAGACCCUGACUUCGAAAAAAAACCAACUGUCAAAUAAACACUUGUGCCUCCUGGUCUGUGUGAAGAAGAAAAACAAACACCAUAAACAACAGCUACAAAAAAGGUAGAGCAAGUCAUGAAAACAAAAACAAGCAAGGAGAGGACUGGACAGUCUAGGGAACCAGGAUGUAUUAGGAAAAAAGAGUUUGAGAGUGAGCCAAAGCUACGAGACAUAAUCUGAUCCAGGAUGGCAGAUUCCAGAGCCUUCGAUAAUAAUGAAUUUAACUCCUGUGAGGAUUCACUGGUUUCCUAGAAACCAUAUUGAGUAACUUGCUGAAGGAAUGAUGAAAGGAAGAGAACCAGAGGUCAGUGACUGGUCGUCAGGCCUACAGGAGUACCAUAUAGGCUAGCUCUUGUGUUCUUCUUUGAUCUUUUCACCGCGUAGCUUAGACUCAGAUCUGCCUGCUGCUGUCUCCCAUUUCCUGGGAUUGAAUGUGUGUCCCACUAGACCUAGCUGACUUCCAAACUUUUAAAAUGUCAUCACCAUGCCCAUUUUAAAUAAAAUAAAUGAAUAAAUUAAGCUUG